CCAAGUUAUGUAGACAUAUGUAACCGAUCAUGGCGGCUGGUAGGGACCUCUUCGCUGUUUUCACUGGCGCUUCCCGAGUACUGAACGCUGGCUGCACUAGUCUGUCCUCUGAGAUACGCCAUGUUGUGUCUAACUCCUCUCUCUUGUCUUCUCUUUGCUCUCCCUUUACGAACACAACUCGCUUUGAAGAUUUAGACUUUUCAGAUUUUGAGGAUUUAGAGAGUGAUUUUAUACAAGACGUGUCCUCCUUCCCUCCUCCUCCCUCUGGUGCCUCUGAUUUCCCACCCAAUUUUGGUAGGCGUGGUUUACAUACGUACCCUCGUCUUUCUGCCGAUCAUGCUGAGGAAUCUAGCAAUGAAAGAGUUAGAAGUAAAGUUUCAAGAGCAAAGGAAAGAGCUGUACCGGCAUCAAGAAUCAACAGAAUGGCAAAUUUUGGAGCGUUGGCGGCUAGUCUUGGUUUAGGUACAGCUGCAGAGGUGGCAAGGCGCUCUUUAGGAAUGAGCAAUGAUGAGUUGUCCAAAAAGACUGACAUACCUUUCCUUACUAAAGCAAACCUUGAGAGGAUUGUUGAUACACUCUGCAGGGUAAGGGGAGCUGCCCUCAAGAUUGGACAAAUGAUAAGUCUACAAGAUAAUAGUUUUAUGCCUGAGCCUAUUCAAGAGAUAUUUGAGCGUGUGAGGAGUAACGCUGACUUCAUGCCUUUCUGGCAGCUGGAGAAAGUCCUCAUUGAAGAGCUAGGGAAGGAUUGGUCAGAGAAACUAAAAGAUUUUGAUACGAAACCGUUUGCAGCAGCUUCCAUUGGUCAGGUUCAUAAUGCUGUACUCCAUGAUGGAACUGAAGUAGCCAUUAAAAUACAAUAUCCAGGUGUUGCCCAGAGCAUUGACAGUGACAUUGAUAAUCUGAUGGGGGUACUAAAGCUUUGGCAAGUAUUGCCUAGAGGAUUGUUUGUUGAUUCUGUGGUUGAUGUAGCUCGUAAGGAGCUAGCUUGGGAGACAGAUUAUGUCAGAGAAGCACAAUUUUGCACGAAAUUUAGAGAUUUGCUUCAUGAUUCUCCUGGUUUUGGGGUCCCUCGUGUCAUACAGGAUUUAUCAACAAAGAGGGUAUUGACAACAGAACUGAUUCAUGGAGUCCCUCUAGAUCAAUGUGUAUCACUAGAUCAACAUAUCAAGAAUGAUAUAGCUCUUAGAGUCCUUGAGCUGUGUCUUAGAGAAUUAUUUGAGUUUAAAGUGAUGCAGACUGAUCCCAACUGGUCCAAUUUCUAUUACAAUCAGACAGAGGAUAAGAUUUAUUUGUUAGAUUUUGGUGCCAGUCGUGUCUUCCCUAAAGAAUUUACGGAUGAAUAUUUAAAAAUAAUUCAUGGAGCAGCUACAGGUGACAAGGAUCAAGUCUUGACCAGCUCUCAUGCCAUCAAACUAUUAACUGGAUACGAGUCCAAAACAAUGAUAAAGGCCCAUUUGGACACUGUUAUGAUACUCGGUGAACCGUUCAGUCGAAAUGAGGACUUUGAUUUUCAAACCCAAGACACAACGAGACGAAUACAUCGUUUGAUACCACUGAUACUGGAGCACAGACUGACCCCACCACCUGAUGAAACAUACUCGUUACACAGAAAAAUGGCUGGAUCCUUUCUCUUAUGUACAAAGCUAGGGGUUGCCAUUAACUGUCAUCCAAUGUUUCAGAAAGUAUACAACAAUUACUCUUUUUGACAAACAGAUACACACACACGGGCACAUGCAUGCACAAACCACUUAAUUUUUCACAUCUCAACAUGUACUUCCUUCACUCUAGUAUUCUAUUUAUUCUCAUUAUGUCCAAAAAUAAACUAUCACGUAUUAGUACAUGAAA